UUAGUAUAUUCAACUCCUGUACGUUUGGUAAUAUAACGACAUCUACGCAUUUUAUUGCUUGUGUAUCUACAGCGGCUUGGAACGGGGGUUAAUCAGUAAACAGCUAGCAAAAAAGCAAAUCUUAUUUAUACUCAGCAGUGUUAAUAAUCCAGCUUACCGCGAUUUACCAACGAUCAAACGGAAUCCCCUGAAGGUCGUAUUUGGUCGGAAUCAUCCCAGUGAACUAAUAUUGCGGUAUUUUAACAGACACCGAAGAUGUCGACAACAGAGGUCCAGCCUCGCGAGAUCAAAAUCCUCGAGACAGCAGAGGACAUUCAGAACCGGAGAGAUGAAGUUCUGUCCCGCUACGGCAACUUCAAGUUCAGCUGCAGGGACCGCCGGGAACGUCUCGAGGACUCCCGCCGCUACCAGUACUUCAAGAGAGAUGCUGACGAACUGGAGAGUUGGAUCCACGAGAAGCUGCAGACGGCCUCAGAUGAGAGCUACAGGGAUCCUACUAACCUGCAGGCAAAGAUUCAGAAACAUCAGGCAUUUGAAGCUGAAGUUGCCGCUCACAGCAAUGCCAUUGAUGUUCUGGACCAGACCGGAAACGAGAUGAUCUCUCAAGGCCACUUUGCGUCCGAGAUCAUAAAGGAACGCCUGGAUGAGCUGCACCGCCUCUGGGAGCUGCUGCUCCGCAAGCUGUCUGAGAAGGGUCUCAAGCUGCAACAGGCUCUGCGUCUCGUUCAGUUCCAGAGAGAGUGCAAUGAGGUCAUGUUCUGGAUCUCAGACAAGGAAGCAUUUGUGACAUCCGAGGAGUUCGGACAAGACUUGGAACAUGUGGAGGUACUGCAGAAGAAGUUUGAUGAGUUUCACAAGGACUUGCAAAACCAUGAGGACAAGGUGACUGAGGUGAACAGCCUUGCCGACAAGCUGGUGGCAGAUGGCCACCCUGAUGAGGAAACUAUCAGACAGAGGCAACAGGAAGUGAAUGAGGCAUGGCAGCGCCUGAAGCAGCUCUCCCUGCUGAGACAAGAGAGACUGUUUGGAGCUCACGAGAUCCAGAGAUUCAACAGAGAUGCUGACGAGACCAUCGCGUGGAUUCAGGAGAAGGAUGCUGUGCUGUCGUCGGAUGACUUCGGACGUGACCUGGCCAGCGUGCAGACUCUCCAGCGUAAACACGAGGGAGUGGAACGAGACCUCGCUGCACUGGAAGAAAAGGUGACAGCUCUGGGUGCCGAGUCUAAGAGGCUGCAGGAGAUUCACCAGGAACAAGCUGGACAGAUCAGCGGCAAACAGAACGAGAUUGAGGAGAACUGGGACAGACUCAGGACCAAGUCAUGUUCUUUUGUUACAGGCAUCGGAAGGAGGUCUCACCUCGAUGACUCCUACUACCUUCACCGUUUCUUGGCGGACUUUCGGGACCUCGUGUCAUGGAUCCACGACAUGCAGGCAAUCAUCUCUGCUGAUGAACUGGCCAAGGAUGUGGCUGGUGCAGAGGCUCUUCUUGAGCGACACCAGGAACACAAGGGAGAGAUUGAUGCUCGCGAGGACAGCUUCAAGUCAACAGCUGAGGCUGGGCAGAGAUUGGUUGAUACCAACCAUUACGCCUCGGAUGAAGUCCGUGAAAAGCUGGACGUUCUGCGUCACGAGAAGGAGAGUCUCCUGAAUCUGUGGGAGGAGCGACGCAUUCUGUACGAACAGUGCAUGGACCUGCAGCUGUUCAUCAGGGACACGGAGCAGGCUGAUGCCUGGAUGACCAAACAGGAGGCUUUCCUUGCCAACGAGGAUCUGGGAGACUCCCUCGACAGUGUGGAGGCCCUCAUCAAGAAACACGAGGAUUUCGAGAAGUCCCUCGCCGCACAGGAGGAGAAGAUCAAGGCCCUUGAUGAGUUUGCAACUAAGCUGAUUGAGAGUGAGCACUAUGCCUCUGAUGAGGUAGCUGCCAGAAGAGACCAGGUGGGUGCAACAAGAAUAGAUCUGAGCAAGGGCUGGAUCAAGAAGCAGAAACUGGAGUCGAGUUCUGAGCAGUACCAGAUCUUCGAGAGGGACUGUGAUGAAACCAAGGGCUGGAUCAAUGAGAAGCUCAAGACAGCCUCCGAUGAAAGCUAUCUGGACCCUACAAAUCUUAACACCAAGCUGCAGAAACAUACCAACUUCGAGGCCGAGCUGGAUGCCAACAAAAACCGCAUUGUAACAAUCAAACAGACUGGACAAGAUCUCAUUGACAACAAGAACUUUCAGUCACCGGCCAUCAAGGAACGACUUGAUGAAAUUGACGACCUUUGGGCUACUCUGCUUUCACAGACAGAGAAGAAAGGCAACAAGCUGAAGGAAGCAGCUCAGCAACAGCAGUUCAACCGAAACAUUGAGGAUGUCGAGUCAUGGCUCAUGGACAUCGAGAGUCAGAUCGGUUCUGAAGACUAUGGCAAGCUGACUCAGAGACAAGAUCUCACUCAAGUGAAGAACCUUCAGAAGAAACAUGCCCUGCUGGAGGCUGAUGUCGGAGCUCAUCAGGACCGUAUUGAUGGAAUCAAAGUUCAGGCAGCCCAGUUCCAGAACACUGGCCAUUUUGAUAGUGACACCAUCCAGGCUAAACAGAACAUUGUGCUGGAGCGCUAUUUGUGUGGUCAACAGCAACCAAUGACUGGACGUCGCCAGAAGCUGGACCAGGCCAUCAGCCUUCAGCAGUUCCUUCGAGAUGUGGAGGACGAAGAAGACUGGAUCCGGGAGAAAGAGCCAAUCGCAUCCUCCACCAACAGAGGACGUGAUCUCAUUGGGGUACAAAAUCUGAUGAAGAAGCACCAGGCACUUCAGGCCGAGCUGGCUGGACACGAGCCUCGUAUCAGCAAUGUCUGUGAGGUAGGCAAGGAAAUGGUGAAGGAAGGACACUUCGCCGAAGACACGAUCAACCAGAAGAUUGGCGAACUACAGGACAAGUGGCAGACACUCAAGGACAAGGCCACCCAGCGCAAGCAGGACCUUGAGGACUCCUUCCAGGCUCAGCAAUACUUUGCCGACGCUAACGAGGCCGAGUCAUGGAUGAGGGAAAAGGAACCACUGGCUGCCAACACUGACUAUGGACGUGACGAGGAUUCGGCUGAGGCUUUGAUAAAGAAACAUGAAGCCUUCAUGUCCGACCUUGAGGCCUACCGCAGCGUCAUCGAAGGUCUUCGUGAACAGGCUCAGUCAUGCAAGCAACAAGAAGCUCCAGUUAUCGAUGACUUCGGAACAGAGAAAGUGGUCGCCCUGUAUGACUACUCAGAGAAGUCUCCCCGCGAAGUCUCCAUGAAGAAGGGAGAUCAGCUUACCCUGCUUAACAGCUCCAACAAGGACUGGUGGAAGGUUGAGGUGAAUGACCGCCAGGGCUUUGUCCCAGCUGCCUAUGUGAAGAAGCUAGACCCCAGUCUGUCUGCUAGCCGCAACAACCUUAUGGAUGAGUUCACCAUCUCUGUCAGACAGAACCAGAUCGAGACACAGUACGCCAACCUGCUUGACCUGGCCCGUCAGCGCCAUGAGAAACUCGGGGAGUCCGUAAAGGCCUACCAGCUGGUGCGUGAGGCAGCGGAACUGGCGUCGUGGAUCACAGAGAAGGAGAACCUGAUGGUUGGGGAGGAGGUCGGAGAGGACCUCGAGCAAGUGGAGGAGAUGCAGAAGAAGUUUGACGACUUCCAGAAGGACUUGAAAGCCAACGAGGUGCGUCUCCAGGAACUCAACUCCAUCGCAGACAGACUGACUGCCAUGGGACAGACUGAGGCUGCGGAGAAGAUCCGUGAACAGAUCACGCAACUGAACCAGAGAUGGGUGACCCUCCAGCAGGUGACAGCCGAGCCUGCGGAGACCCUGGGCAGCGCCUUCGAGGUGCAGAGAUACCACAGAGAGGUGAUUGAGACAAAGGACUGGAUCGCUGAGAAGGACAACACUUUGAACAAUGACAACUAUGGCCAUGACCUGGCCAGUGUACAGGCUCUGCAGAGGAAGCAUGAAGGGCUACAGAGAGACUUGGCUGCACUCGGAGAGAAGGUCCGCAGUCUGGAUGAAAACUCCCAGCGUCUGAUGCAGUCUCAUCCAGAACAGGCAGAGACCAUCUAUGAACACCAGACCCAGAUCAACGAGGAAUGGAACGCCCUCACAGCAAAGGCUGAUGCCCGCAAGGCCAAACUUUUGGAUGCGUACGACCUUCAGAGAUUCCUCAGCGACUACAGGGAUCUAACAACUUGGAUCAACAGCAUGAUGGCUCUGGUCUCCUCCGACGAGUUGGCCAAGGACGUCACCGGUGCUGAAGCUCUCCUGGAGAGACACCAGAUGUUCAGUUCUGAGAUCGUUAGCCAUUACGGCAUCACAUCAUUGCCCGAUGAAGAAGAAGAGGAAGAGGUAGAACACCGGACGGAGAUCGAUGCUCGUGCCGGGACAUUCCAGGCUUUCGAGCAGCUUGGACAACAACUUCUGCAGAAUCAACAUUACGCUAGUGAAGAUGUUCAGCAGAAGCUUGAGGAACUUGCCCGUGCUCGGGAGGAGCUGGAACAAGCCUGGAUCUCUCGUCGUAUGAAGCUGGACCAAUGUCUGGAGCUUCAGCUGUUCUACCGGGACUGCGAGCAGGCUGAGUCCUGGAUGGCUUCCCGUGAAGCCUUCCUGGCCGGAGACCAGGUUGAUGGUGACAAUGUGGAGAGUCUCAUCAAGAAACACGAGGACUUUGACCGUGCAAUCAACUCACAGGAGGAGAAGAUCAACUCCUUACAGCAGUUUGCUGACCAGUUGAUCACCGCUGACCACUAUGAUGGCCCUGCUGUUUCUGAGAAGAGGGACCAAGUGCUAGACAGAUGGUCUCAGCUGAAGGAAGCUCUGAUAGAGAAUCGGUCCAAGCUAGGAGAGGCUCAGACUCUCCAGCAGUUCUCCCGAGAUGCUGACGAGAUGGAGAACUGGCUCCAGGAGAAGCUCCAGAUCGCCAUGGACGAGUCCUACAAGGAUCCCACUAACAUCCAGAGCAAGCACCAGAAACACCAGGCCUUUGAGGCUGAGCUCGCUGCCAACGCUGAUCGUCUGCAGGGUCUGAUUGGAACUGGACAAAACCUGAUUGACCGACACCAGUGUGCUGGGUCCGACGAUGCUGUCCAAGCCCGCCUGGAGUCCCUGGCCUCCCAGUGGGAGGACCUUGUAGCCAAGUCCGCAGAGAAGAGUGACAAGCUGAAGGAGGCCAACCGCCAGCAGACCUUCAACGCUGGAGUCAAGGACAUGGAGUUCUGGCUUGGAGAGGUGGAGCAGAUGUUGGCAUCGGAGGAUUACGGCAAAGAUCUGGCGUCUGUUCAGAACCUGCUGAAGAAACAACAGCUCCUUGAGGCUGACAUCACAGCUCAUGAGGAUCGCAUCACAGACUUGAACAGUCAGGCUGAUCAGUUCAUAGAGGCUGGCGUUUGGGAUGCGGAGAGUCUCCAGGACAGAAAGAAGACCAUCAAUGAAAGAUAUGAGAAGAUCAAGGAGUUUUCCAUCCAUCGCCGUGGCCGUCUCAACGAGGCCAACACCAUGCAUCAGUUCCUCAGGGACAUCGACGACGAGGAGGCAUGGAUCAAGGAGAAGAAGUUGUUGGUUGGGUCUGAAGACUACGGGAAGGACUUGACAUCGGUGCAGAACCUGCGCAAGAAACACAAGCGUCUGGAAGCCGAGUUGGCCAGCCAUGAGCCCAGCAUUCAGGGGGUGCAGGAGGUCGGGGAGAAGCUGAUCGCUGAGUCCGACAUCGGGGCAUCCGAUAUCCGGGCACGCCUGGACCAACUGGCUGAAAGCUGGGAGGAGCUGAAGAGCAUGUCUGCUGACAGGGGACUCAAGCUGGACCAGUCCUAUGCCUACCAGCAGUUCUCCGCUAAUGUCGAGGAAGAGGAGGCUUGGAUCGAGAAACAGCAUCUGCUGUCUGGAGGAGACUUUGGGGACACUAUGGCAGCUGUGCAGGGUCUGAUGAAGAAACACGAGGCCUUCGAGACGGACUGCAAGGUGCACCAAGACCGAUGCCAGGAGAUCAAGAAUGAAGGACAGAAACUCAUUGAAGAGGGUAACCACAAUGCUAAAAACAUUGCCCAGCGAAGUGAAGGACUUGAGCAGAAAAUGAAGUCUCUUGAAGAUGCUGCUGCUCACCGUCGUGCCAACCUCAUCGACAACUCGGCCUUCCUACAGUUCAUCUGGAAGACAGAUGUUGUAGAGAGCUGGAUUGCUGACAAAGAGACUCAAGUAAGAUCCGAGGACUACGGGCGUGACCUAUCGUCUGUUCAGACCCUUCUCACAAAGCAGGAAACUUUCGAUGCUGGCCUGCAAGCAUUUGAGAAGGAAGGAAUCCAGACCAUCACAGCUCUGAAGGAUCAACUGAUCUCCGCUAAACAUGCCCAGACACCAGCCAUUGAGGCACGCUACAAUGAUGUGAUUGCCAGAUGGCAGAAGCUGCUGGCAGACUCGGAUGCUCGUAAGCAGCGCCUUCUCCAUCUCCAGGAUCAGUAUCGCCAGAUUGAAGAUCUGUACCUGACUUUCGCCAAGAAGGCCUCGGCAUUCAACAGCUGGUUCGAAAACGCUGAGGAGGAUCUCACUGAUCCUGUUAGAUGUAACUCAGUCGAGGAAAUCAGAGCACUGCGAGAGGCUCAUGACCAGUUCAAGUCCUCACUGAGUGCUGCCCAGGCUGACUUCAAUGCUCUGGCGGCCCUAGACAAACAGAUCAAGAGCUUCAAUGUGGGACCCAACCCCUACACCUGGUUUACCAUGGAGGCCCUUGACGAGACAUGGAAAAACCUGCAGAAGAUCAUUAAGGAGAGAGACAGCGAGCUGGCUCGGGAGGAGCAGAGACAGGAGGAGAACGAUCAACUACGGAAACAGUUUGCUGCUGCUGCCAACACCUUCCACUCCUGGCUGACGGAGACCAGACUGUGGCUUCUCGAUGGAGCUGCCAUGAUGGAGGGUUCUGGGACCCUUGAAGAACAGCUGGAAGCCACCAAGCGAAAGGCUCAGGAUGUACGGGCACAGAAGGGUCAACUGAAGAAGAUCGAGGACCUGGGUGCAGCCAUGGAGGAGAGGCUCAUUCUGGACAACAGGUACACGGAGCACAGCACAGUGGGCCUGGCUCAGCAGUGGGAUCAGCUGGAUCAGCUGUGUAUGAGGAUGCAGCACAACCUGGAACAGCAGAUCGAGGCCAGAAACCGCAGUGGUGUGUCAGAAGAUGCCCUGAGAGAAUUCAGCAUGAUGUUCAAACAUUUCGACAAGGAUAAGAGCGGCAAGUUGGACCACCAGGAGUUCAAGUCGUGUCUCCGAGCUCUGGGCUAUGACCUGCCCAUGGUGGAAGAAGGACAGAUCGACCCAGAGUUCCAGGCUAUUCUGGACAUCGUUGAUCCAAACAGGGAUGGCCAUGUGUCCUUACAAGAGUACAUGGCAUUCAUGAUCAGUCGAGAGACAGAAAACGUCCAGUCCAGCUCGGAGGUUGAACAAGCUUUCCGAGCUCUCACCUCUGGCGAAAAGCCUUAUAUCACUGCACAGGAACUGUAUGCCAACCUUACAAAGGAGCAGGCAGAUUACUGUGUGGCCCGCAUGAAGCCUUAUGUCGACAAGACGGGCAGAACAAUACCCGAUACUUACGACUACGCCGAUUUCACUCGUCAAUUAUUUGUCAACUAAUAUUGAUGUGGAUUUCUUGACACUGCCAAGAUCUGCUAUCUUAUCCUAGCAUCGCUUAAUGUACGUAGAUACGGACACUGAAGACAUGAAUGGAGGCGGAGGUUUUUAUGAAAAGACUCGAAAGAGGUGGUUGUGAAUGUUUUAGGUGCAAUGGUAGACAUUUCAUUUUUGUUUCCACUUUUACACGUCUUGUUAAUUCAUGAAUUUUACAUGUUAAACAUUUGUUGAAUUCAUAUUUAAUCGAUGUACCAUUUUACUGUAACACUACUGAUUGCUAUUACCAAGUAACUGUAGCGUUGAUGGACGUGUCCUGUCCUCCCUGUGUCAGUGGCCGUUACGUGUUCAAGCUUUAUUAACAGAGCUGGUAUGACAAGAUUUCUUCUUCAAUAAAUGCUUAUUCCCUUA